CGCAGGCUGCCCAGCGCUGUAGUUUCUGCUCACGCUGUCUGAGCUCGGGAGGGUCCUAGCCGUAGGUACGCUAGCUGUGUGGAAUUCUGCACAUCGUACUGCGAAUUGUUAUUAUUUGUAAAGAAAUUGCGCGGUCUCACCCACCGACCGGACUACUGGGAAUAGAAAGAAAGUAAGUGUUUCAAAUUCAGGUAGAGAAAGGAGAAGGACGGGAAUCGGAAGAGGUCAGAGGAAGGGAGUUUCCGCUGGUACUUGGAAGCUCUUGACUGCGACGUCAAGGAGUUUGCUUUGCGGACAACUGCAGACUUGGAGAGGUGGGGAGAGCUGUGUGCUAAAAGACUGCGAUGCACCGCUUAAGGACUUGUGCUGCACGCUUGCGGCCCCUGACGGCCUCACAGACUGCCCAGAGCCUCCCACAGCAGAGGCCUGCAGCCGCACCCAGGACGUUUCGGCCCCUCAGGUGCUACACGGCACCUGUGGCCGCAGAGCCUUUUCUCAAUGGGACUAGCUCCAAUUAUGUGGAGGAAAUGUACUAUGCCUGGCUGGAGAACCCUAAGAGCGUACACAAGUCUUGGGACAUCUUUUUCCGUAAUGCCAAUGCAGGAGCCCCCCCAGGCACGGCCUACCAGAGCCCCCCUCCGCUGGGUGUGAGCCUCCCAGUGCUGGCACAAGCACAUGCACUGGUGGGCGCGCAGCCCAAUGUGGAGAAGCUGGUGGAGGACCACCUAGCCGUGCAGUCCCUCAUCCGCGCCUAUCAGAUUCGCGGGCACCAUGUUGCUCAGCUGGACCCUCUGGGAAUCAUGGACGCCGAUCUGGACUCUUGUGUUCCCACUGACAUUAUCACGUCUACGGACAAACUUGACCUCAGUGUUUUCAAGGAGCGUCUCAGUACUCUAACCGUCGGAGAGUCAGAGUGCAAAUCUUAUUUUAAAACUUGUUCAGAAUGCUGGGGAAGUGGGUUCUAUGGACUGGACGAGUCUGACCUGGACAAGGUGUUCCGCCUACCCACCACUACCUUCAUCGGGGGCAACGAGAGUGCCCUGCCCCUGCGAGAGAUCAUCAGACGACUUGAGAUGGCUUACUGCCAGCACAUAGGAGUGGAGUUUAUGUUCAUCAAUGACCUGGACCAGUGCCAGUGGAUCCGUCAGAAGUUUGAGAAGCCUGGAGUGAUGCAGUUCACCCUGGAGGAGAAGAGAACGCUGCUGGCCCGCAUGAUCCGCUCCACCAGGUUCGAGGAAUUCCUGCAGAGGAAGUGGUCCUCAGAGAAGCGCUUUGGCCUGGAGGGCUGUGAGUCACUCAUCCCUGCCCUCAAGACCAUCAUUGACAAGUCAAGUGAGAACGGUGUGGAGUAUGUCAUCAUGGGCAUGCCACACAGGGGUCGCCUAAAUGUCCUGGCCAAUGUGAUUCGCAAGGAGCUGGAGCAAAUCUUCUGCCAGUUUGACUCCAAGCUGGAGGCGGCCGAUGAGGGUUCUGGAGAUGUGAAAUACCACCUGGGCAUGUACCACCGGCGGAUCAACCGUGUGACUGAUCGCAACAUCACCCUGUCUCUGGUUGCCAACCCUUCCCACCUGGAAGCUGUGGACCCUGUGGUGCAGGGCAAGACCAAGGCUGAGCAGUUCUACUGCGGGGACACCCAGGGCAACAGGGUGAUGUCUAUUCUGCUCCAUGGUGAUGCCGCCUUCGCCGGCCAGGGCAUAGUGUACGAGACCUUUCACCUGAGCGACCUGCCGUCCUACACUACCCAUGGCACCGUGCAUGUGGUUGUGAAUAACCAGAUCGGCUUCACCACGGACCCCCGAAUGGCACGCUCUUCACCCUACCCCACUGAUGUGGCACGGGUGGUUAACGCACCUAUCUUCCAUGUCAACGCGGACGACCCUGAGGCUGUGGUGUACGUGUGCAACGUGGCAGCUGAGUGGCGCGCCACUUUCCACAAAGACGUUGUGGUGGAUCUGGUCUGUUACCGGAGGAAUGGCCACAACGAGAUGGACGAGCCCAUGUUCACGCAGCCGCUGAUGUACAAGCAGAUCAGAAAGCAGAAGGCAGUGCUGCAGAAGUAUGCCGAGAAACUCAUUGCAGAGGGAGUUGUCACCCGGCAGGAGUUUGAGGAGGAGAUAGCUAAGUAUGACAAGAUAUGUGAGGAGGCAUAUGCACGCUCCAAGGAUGAGAAGAUCCUCCACAUUAAGCACUGGCUGGACUCACCCUGGCCUGGUUUCUUCACCCUGGAUGGCCAGCCAAAGAGCAUGAGUUGCCCAUCCACUGGCCUAAAUGAAGAGGAGCUUAACCAAAUUGGCCAGGUGGCUUCCUCCGUGCCUGUGGAGGACUUCACCAUCCAUGGAGGGCUCAGCCGUAUCCUGAAGGCCCGGGGGGAGAUGAUAAAGAACCGCAUAGUGGACUGGGCACUGGGAGAGUACAUGGCUUUUGGCUCACUGCUCAAGGAGGGCAUCCACCUGCGGCUGAGUGGGCAAGAUGUUGAGAGAGGAACUUUCAGCCACCGUCACCACGUGCUUCAUGAUCAGAAUGUGGACAAGAGGACUUGCAUCCCCAUGAACCACCUCUCCCCCAAUCAGGCACCCUACACUGUGUGUAAUAGCUCAUUGUCUGAGUAUGGUGUGCUGGGGUUUGAGUUGGGCUUUGCCAUGGCUAGCCCUAACUCCCUGGUGCUCUGGGAGGCCCAGUUUGGUGACUUCCACAACACGGCCCAGUGCAUCAUCGACCAGUUCAUCUGCCCCGGCCAAGCCAAAUGGGUGCGGCAGAAUGGCAUUGUGCUGCUGCUGCCCCACGGCAUGGAGGGCAUGGGUCCAGAGCACUCCUCUGCGCGACCUGAGAGGUUUCUCCAGAUGUGCAACGAUGACCCAGACGUCUUCCCGAAAAUCACGGAGGACUUUGCCGUGCGUCAGCUGUACGACUGCAACUGGAUUGUGGUCAACUGCUCUACUCCAGCCAACUACUUCCAUGUGCUGAGGAGGCAGAUACUGUUACCCUUCAGGAAGCCGCUCAUCAUUUUCACCCCCAAGUCCCUUUUGCGUCACCCAGAGGCCAAGUCCAGUUUUGAUGACAUGUUGCCAGACACUCACUUCCAGCGCCUGAUCCCAGAGAGUGGUACAGCAUCCCAGAAUCCUGGUGAGGUGAAGCGGGUAAUCUUCUGCACAGGGAAGGUGUACUAUGAUCUGACCCGGGAACGCAAAGCCCGCGGGAUGGAGGACACGGUGGCUAUUACUCGCGUCGAGCAGCUGUCUCCGUUCCCCUUUGACCUGGUGAAGGCGGAGACUGAGAAGUUCUCAGAGGCAGACCUGGUGUGGUGCCAGGAGGAGCACAAGAACCAGGGCUACUACGACUACGUGAAGCCCCGAAUGCGUACCACUAUUGGCCGCGCUCGUCCUGUCUGGUAUGCUGGCCGUGAUCCCGCAGCAGCUCCUGCCACGGGGAACAAGGCAGCCCACCUUCAGGAACUGGCCCGUUUCCUGGACACGGCCUUCAACCUCGAAGCCUUCAAGGGCCAGGUCUAGCCCACGGGUCCCGCCUGUGCUCUCCCAGGGUGUAGAGAUGCCUUGGCUCCGACGCCCCCCCCAUCCGUCCCAUGCGCACACACCAACAUCCCUGCUCCCCAGCCUUACUUGUCCCUGUGGGUCCUUCAGCAGCACUCAGCGACAGCCAUGCUAUUCCCAAGGACACUAAGCUCCUCAUUCUCUCAACGGAAACCACUUUUUUUUCCACUCUUAUCUCCUCAUCGUCUUUGUGACCCCUUGUCAGCAGUUCCGCUGCUCCUCACCUCUCCACUCCAGCCAGCUGCAGCAGUCCUUGAUGAGCUAAUCGAUAGAUAGGAAGUGUAAUGCAGUACAGGAAACAGCUGUCUGGCUGUAUCUGCAUGUUUUUCACAACUAUCUGGGUUGCACCUCAGUGCAACUUUGUCUCUCAUUGAGUCCUUCUGUCGGGUUCCCACUGUGUGACCCAGACAGCGAAGCCUACCUUCGACUCUUAUACAAGCUGUAUUUUCUGCACGAUUUGUUCUCCCCGUGUUUGCGACUAAAGAGCCUUGCAGCAGAUGUCGGCAACACAAUUUCGCUGUGGUUCCCUGAAAAGCAGUUGUAAAACUGGGUGGUGUAGAAUUGGGACUACUCAGUGCGGAGGAAGCUCAGCAAAGGCUGCUGUCAGUCUGACCCUGGCCCAAAGCCGUGACCUCUGACCUCUUCCCUCUCAUCUGCCUCAGCACUAUAGGGCUUGCCCUCUUGUGAAUGCUACUGAUUAUUUGCCACUUUCAUCGGUAAUAUAUAUAUUUUUUGUUUUUUGCUUUGCAGUUGUAUGGCUCACUUAGAGGAGGGAUGAACUGUACUGCAUUGUUGCAUUUCCAGGUAGAAUGGGGUACUGCUGAGAAGUCAGCUGGUGCAUUUGAAUUUUUCUUUAAAAUGCAAUAACUUGUAUUAUUUCUUGUUUUUCCUCACUACUGCUACCAAGAAGUGUUGACAUAUAAAAGUUGGAGGGAAAACCUAAAACAACUGUGUAAGAUUUUACUUUUUGUAUUUAUAUAUAAUAUAUCUGCUAGAGGUGAUGGUUGUAUAUUACUGGGAAUACAGCUGUGCCAGACCGCUGUCUGCCUCCAGCACAAGGAGCCUCGUGCGCCCCGUUGUUCGGCUUCAGGGCCGUCGCUGCCCCUCACUCUCGGUGGCAAUGAUGUCAGUAACACACAGCGUGUCCCCAGCCGAAGUCCCGGCCUCCUCCGCAGCACCGAGGACAGUAGGACAGCUUCAGGUCUUGGUUCUCCCACCUUUCUGCACCCUUCUCCUUUCCCCUACUGUGCCAAAAGGUUCUACUUCACUGAAAACUAGGAUUCUUUGUGGAAGUAGAGAAUAAAAAAAACUCAACUUUGCCAAGGAAUAGAAACCUUUCCACGGCAAAGCUACUUUUUUCAGUCUCUCCGCAGGGUGAAGUGUCCAUCUUAUUUAUUUUCCACAUAGACCAUUAUAAAUUCUUUCAUUGUACUUUGCUUCAUUCAAUAAAGACAUCGUCUUCUA